UUUUUUUUUUUUUUUUUUUUGUAAUUAAACUCAAGAAAUUAACCUGGUUUUCAAGAUUCUAAUUUUAUAAAACCGUUUGAUUUUUUUUUCCUCUGUUUCCAGUAAAGACGACUAGUUUCAAAGGGGGAGAAGGGAUAAUAUUAUACCUAGUAGCCAUACACUAUUUCUCUGGUGGGUGCAGCAUUCUCUUGAGAUCUUAGAGGUUGCAGAUUGGAAUUGAAUGCUCGAGAUUUCCAUAAUCUGCCGCACGUAGGCUUUUCCCUUCAGCAAGCUUAAAUACCAGAGCACAGAAGCAUUUCCGUUCAAUAUCCAUUGUCACUCAGUCGGUCACUCCCAGUCAUUGAACAGAGAAUACUAUACUUGUGAAAUUCUGAGAGUUUAUAUAUGCUCCAGACUGGAAUCAUAACUGUUUAAAGAGCAUGAAGGAACGCCCUCCAAGACAAGCUGUAAAAAACAGGAGCAAUCUUGAAAGUUCAGGCAGCCCUUCGAAUCUAAAGAUCUUGGAGCAGCCAUCAGCAAGAUGGAAUCCUCUUGAAGCACGUCGACCAAUCCUAGAUGAAGCUCCUGUAUUCUAUCCAACGGUUGAGGAGUUUCAAGAUACCAUUGGCUAUAUUGCAAGUAUACGCCCGAAAGCAGAGGCAUAUGGCAUAUGUAGGAUUAUACCGCCCUCAUCUUGGAGUCCACCUUGCCCUCUCAAAGAGAAGAAUGUGUGGGAAUGCAAAUUUUCUACCCGAAUCCAACAAAUUGAUGUGCUUCAGAAUAGGGAGCCCAUGAGAAAGAAAAGACAGCGCAAGAGGAGACGAAGGGGACAAUCCAAGGCGAGAUCUGUUCGGAGAUGUCCUGGCUCUGAAUCAAAUGUUUCUGACAGUGAAGAGAAAUUCGGGUUUCAAUCUGGACCUGACUUUACGCUCAAGGAAUUUCAGAUAUUCUCUGAUGGGUUUAAAGAACGUUAUUUCGGGGUAAAGAUUGCAAAAGAAGGAAUGUCUGAUAGGUCUGGACAGGAAAAUGAACGGAAGCCAUCUAUUGAAGAUAUUGAAGGUGAGUACUGGCGCAUUGUUGAGAAGUCAACAGAUGAAGUUGAGGUGUACUAUGGGGCUGAUCUGGAAAGCGGAGUAUUUGGCAGUGGCUUCAAGGCUUCAUCGUUUGCAACUAAGAGUUCAUCAGAUGAAUAUGUAGCUUCAGGUUGGAAUUUGAACAAUUUCGCACGCCUGCCAGGGUCUGUCCUGUGCUUUGAAGAGUGCGAUAUCUCGGGAGUUGUAGUGCCAUGGCUCUAUGUUGGAAUGUGUUUCUCAUCGUUUUGUUGGCAUGUCGAGGACCACCAUCUCUACUCACUCAAUUAUUUACACUGGGGGGAUCCGAAGAUAUGGUAUGGAGUGCCCGGAAGUCAUGCUACUGCACUGGAGGAUGCAAUGAGGAAGCAUUUGCCAGAUCUCUUUGAGGAGCAACCUUUCCUGCUUAAUGAACUAGUUACUCAGUUGUCUCCUUCAGUCUUGAAGUCGGAGGGAGUACCGGUCUACCAUGCUGUACAGCACUCUGGGGAGUUUGUUCUGACAUUCCCAAGAGCCUAUCAUUCUGGAUUUAACUCUGGGUUCAAUUGCGCGGAGGCUGUAAACGUGGCCCCUGUGGAUUGGUUAGAGCAUGGACAAGUAGCAAUCGAGCUCUAUAGUAAACAACGUCGCAGAACUUCACUGUCACAUGAUAAGUUGCUCAUAGGUGCAGCAAGAGAAGCCGCCCAGGCACUAUGGGAAUUAUCGUUUCUUGAGAAAGAAAAUCCAAGAAACUUGAGGUGGCAGAUGGUCUGUGGGCAGGAUGGAAUAUUGACAAAAGCAAUUAAGAAAAGGGUUCAAAUGGAAGAGGAAAGGAUAAAGCGGCUAUCUCCUGUUCUAUCUCUUAAAUACAUGGGCCGAGAUUUUGACUUGAAGAGCGAGACAGAAUGUUUCGAGUGCUUCUAUGAUUUGCACCUAUCUGCUGCUAGUUGCAAUUGUUCCCCGGAAAAGUUUGCAUGCCUUGAACAUGCAAAUCUUAUUUGCUCGUGUAAUCCAGAAAAUAAACUCGUUGUUCUCCGCUAUACCUUAGAUGACUUCAAAACGCUGGUUAAAGCAUUGGAAGGAAACUCCGAUGCAAUGAAAAUGUGGGUUGCCAAGGAUUUCUGUGGUGCUCGAGAUGCGGGGAAGGAUGUUAGAGAGGAAUUCGCGAGGUCAGAUGGCCAGCCGCCAUCUAAUUUACGUGCACCUCGCGACAUGGCAAAUGAGGUUAAAGCUGAAAUCCAUGCCAUAGCUGAUGGGAAUACUUCUGGGAAUGGUCGUGAAUUUGAUUUGAACGAAAACUGUUUGUCCAGUGAUAAUGAAGUCAGUCCGCCACAAAUGUCCAAUAGCUCCAACAACUCCGUUGAUUUAGAGAUGGUUGACGUUUCAGAAUCUACAAGGCCGAAAGGAAAUAAUUUUUCACUAUUCCCGGAAAACAGAAACCUAGGUGCCAAUAUAAACGCCUCUAGCUCACAUGAUUCCGAGAAUGGAAUGAAGUUAUUUGGAAUCGAUCUCUCUGCAAGAUCGCUUCCAAGCUUUACGUUUAAUGGAGAACAGAAAACAGGAGUUGUUGACAGUUCAAAGGUCGUUUCUCUUCAGAAUUCAAGCUUUCAAGUUGAGCCAAUCAAUUACGGGUCUGUUAGAAAGCAAUGGUGUGAUAAGAGGACCAUAUUCCCUAAAGGAUUUCAAAGCCGUGUAAAGUUUUUCAGUGUUUUUGAUCCAACGAAAUACACCAGUUAUAUAUCUGAGGUUUGUGACGGUGGACUUCUUGGACCUCUAUUUAAGGUGACUUUAGAACACUGUUCUACUAUAAGCUAUACAUGUUCUUCAGCUGAGAAAUGCUGGGAAAUGAUGGUGCAGAGACUGAACAACGAAAUAAUGAGGCAAACCGUUUUAGGGAAGCAAGGACUCCCCCCGUUGCAAACUGGAGAUAGAAUUAACGGGCUUGAAAUGUUUGGGUUCUUAUCCCCGCAUAUCAUUAAGGAGAUUGAAUCGCUUGAUCCUGACCAUGAAUGCAUGGAGUACUGGAGUCAGAAGCUGCAGCCUCCGGGAUUUAGCCAGCACGAUGUCAAACCAAGCUCAAAUGUCGAGGAAAGAAGCCAAGAUUCUGGAGUCGAUUUGGCCGCUAAACGAAUACUAGGUAGCAAUAGUCAUUUAUCUGAUGACAACGUGAAAACUGCGCUGCAUAGAUUUUUCAGUAAAGCAAAUCCACAAGAGUUGGAGAUGAUGCAUAGAGUAUUGUGCAGCGGAUCAAGUAGCCCGGACUGGAGAACAGCAGUUGCUGUCCUGGAUGAGAUGCAGAAGAAAGGUGAAACAAAACAUAGGGACUAAUCAUUUCUUUUGUUCUUAAGGUUCAUAUCUUCAGCUAUAGAUCCCAUUUAAAAAAAAAAAAAAAAAAAAAAGAAAAGCAAAAAGAAAAAAAAAAAAGAAAGAAACUCCCAUCAUAAAGAUAUAGAGUUCCUGCCAUAGGUUUCAAGCAGAUAGCAUCAUAUAGAAGAAAAAUGUUAGGCUUUGAGGUCUUCUUUUGCAUGUUGCAGAACAAUCAAUUGUUGUUUUUAGUAAUUUUACAGUGUUUUACUUCUCUUCAUGUUUGACUAUGUACAAUAGUUUCAAUCUGCAAUAUGGAUGGCCUCAUUCUUAUGAGAUUCAACAAGUUUUUGAAGUGU